CGCUCAGCAAGCCAGUCAAGUCCGCUGCCAUAUUUGAGGAGUGCGCCCGAACUCUCCUCUGAUCGAUUUGCUCUAUUAUCGCGCUAAUUGUAUACUGUGUGGAGUAUACGUGUGGUAUAUACGAACGAGGAGAUACCGUCGGCAGGAUAUACACCCAGGAAUACACCCAAGAACCCUGGAAAAUAGGAUAGCAAGGAUUUAACGUGAGGAUUCAAAUAAUGGUGGACUAACUCCCUUCAUGUUUUGACGGGAGAAGUCUCUUGUGUGGUGUUUAUACGCGCUUUGUAGCCUCGAGUGUGAUGAUCCACGAGUUUAGAGUUUGUUCGUAAGUGUUACGAACUCGGAGAGGAAGAGAGAGAGGAAUUAUCAGUGUAAUAUUAGUGUUUUGGGCGAGUGUUUUGACCCUUGUGGGCGCGUCCAUUAUCGCGCGCGGGGGAGGACGCUGACGAGACUCCCUCAAAACGUAAACAAACUGCGUUAUCCUUAAAAAAAUACUUCGUGUGUUGGAAAUGAAUGCAAUUUUCAAUGACACCCAAAAAGAAAUCGUCAUUUAAAGGACCCUUUGACACUAUUUCUUCGAAGCCAGAUUGAUUACGGCGCAGAAAUAGUGGAAUAGGAAGGCGGUGCAGGAGAGACCUGGAACAUCCUCCAGGCAGGAGAGCGGAAGACUGGCUCGGAUGCUUUUAUUCAGCUGCUGUUUUGUCUCUAGUACAGCAAUAUGCAGGAGGAUGAAACAGCCAUUAUUGCACAUCCACUGGUUUUAGUUGCAAGGGGAGCAAGAAGGCGGAGGAGUGUGGUUUUAUUACAUGCAUGGAUUGUAUGAGUGAAGGCUGUUGGGUUUUAACUCACGGAAGAGAUACAUAUCACAAGAGUUUGCCAAAGCUCUAGAUGCUCUAAGGAAUAUUCUUAAGAAGUUGUUGUGUUGGAUUUUGGUAUUUUAUAAGAACUAGUUGGUAAUAACUGAGUGUAGCUACAGCUGUGAUUGCGUGUGACUGUGAUUGAAAUUAUUGGAUCUGGGACGGAAAGGGUGAGCGAGGGGUUGCGCCACCCAGCAAGGUAUCCAGGAGCUCCCUGGGUAGAGCACAAGAGUUCCGUUUGAGCCUGGCAGGAGCCGGGAUAGCGAGCCUUGGGGAGUGCGAGUGCAGUGGUGGGGCCGGGCCGGGCCAUGCAGGCGGGGGUGCCAUGGUGCUGGUGAGUGGGGGAGGGGGGGACGGCUCGGGUGCCGCAGCAGCUGGUGGGCGUGUGGGUGGGGCGGCCGCGGCAGCCCAAGCCAUGGACAAGGCCUGGGGGGUGACCGUGGCCCCCCCGAAUCAGCACAAGCGCCAUGACCCCUGGCACAAACAUGAGCUGGCAGACAAGGAGAGAGCCAAGCAGAUGCGUGACAUGGGAGGAGGAUACGGGGGUCGGCCCAACCUCCUGUAUGGCAAGCUGUGUUCGGAGGACCAGUUACAGCAGUUGGGGGUGUCAUUGGAUUAUGUCCCACCGGAGGACCAGCUUUCCUCGGCUCAUCGAACCUCGCAGCAACCUCCCGCCCAUGGUUCGGUAGGUGGGAGCCAGGCAGCAGUGAGUGGUGGGGGUGCCUACAAGUCAGUACCACUACAAGCACUCCACCGAUCCCCAGCUGAGCGGAGAUACCGAGACCCAGCACAGGGCCCUCUACGGAAACUCUCUGUCGAUCUCAUCAAAACUUACAAGCACAUAAAUGAGGUUUACUAUGCCAAGAAGAAGAAGCGCGCCCAACAAACGCAGGGCCAGAGUCCUAGCAUGCACAAAAAGGAACGGAAGGUUUACAAUGACGGCUAUGAUGAUGACAACCACGACUACAUCAUCAAGUCAGGGGAGAAGUUUGAGGACAGAUAUGAGAUUGACUCUUUGAUAGGGAAGGGCUCUUUCGGUCAGGUUGUGAAGGCCUUCGACCACGAGGAACAGACGUGGACGGCCAUCAAGAUCAUCAAGAAUAAGAAACCUUUCCUUAACCAGGCGCAGAUUGAGGUGAAGCUGCUGGAGAUGAUGAACCGAGCAGACUCCGACAACAAGUAUUAUAUAGGUAAAGACAAGAUAGUGCGGUUGAAGCGUCAUUUCAUGUGGCGUAAUCACCUGUGCCUGGUGUUUGAGCUGUUAUCCUACAACCUGUACGACCUCUUGCGUAACACCAACUUCAGGGGGGUUUCACUCAACCUAACCCGCAAGUUUGCGCAGCAGUUGUGUACAGCACUUCUCUUCCUGUCCACGCCGGAGCUUCAGAUCAUUCACUGUGAUCUCAAACCUGAAAAUAUCCUGUUGUGCAACCCCAAGCGAAGUGCCAUCAAGAUUGUGGACUUCGGCAGUUCUUGUCAAAUGGGGCAAAGGAUAUACCAGUACAUUCAGUCAAGGUUUUACCGUUCCCCUGAAGUGUUACUGGGAAUCCCAUACAACAUGGCCAUUGACAUGUGGAGUCUAGGCUGUAUACUUGUGGAGAUGCAUACAGGAGAACCUUUAUUUUCAGGGGCCAAUGAGGUGGACCAGAUGAACAAGAUAGUGGAAGUGUUAGGGAUGCCACCAAAGCACAUCCUCGACAUGGCGACUAAAGCACGACGCUAUUUUGAUAAGUUACCUGAUGGGACCUAUAUUCUAAAGAAACCAAAGGAUGGCAAGAAAUACAAGCCGCCAAUGAGUCGUAAAUUGCGGGACAUUAUUGGGGUAGAGAGCGGCGGUCCGGGCGGGCGGCGCUUGAAUGAGCAGGGUCACUCAGUCUCGGAUUAUCUCAAGUUUGAGGAUCUGAUUAAGAAAAUGCUUGAUUAUGACCCAAAGACACGGAUCACUCCAUAUUAUGGGCUGCAGCACAAUUUCUUCAAACGAACGAGUGACGAAUCCACAAACACGAGUAACUCCACCAGUCCAGCAAUUGAACACACGGUGGCCUCCCCAAUCAACCAUUCAACCUCACAAACUGUGGUGGUGUCGGGUCGUGCACGGUCAGACCCUUCGCACCAGCACACUCACACAGGGCACUCUCAUGGGGCUAUGGACUGUGAGGUGUUUACUCAUCAUGCAGCUCAUCCUCCCCACUCUGCCCACCAUCCCCGCCACGUGCACCCAUACCAUGCCCACCGUUGUCGACCACUGGACCCUCGCCCUCUAGAUGCAGCCGGACGGCCCCAACCUCAGGCUACGGCAGCAGGCAGCGUAGCUGCUGCCGGAGGAUCCUUGCCACCAACGGCAGUGUAUGCAGCUCACCCAUAUUUGCCGAUGGCACUGGACUGUACCCAGACCGGCUCUGUGAAUCUGCCCUUGGCACCUAGUGGUGGUAGUAGUGGUGGUGGUCCACCCCAAGCAUCCUACCAGUAUCCUGGCAUUCCCUCCUUCCCACCUUCCACUUCCAGUAGUAGUGGAGGCAGUGGAGGACAAGGAAGCAUGGUCGGGUAUAGCUACCCUGGUGGUUCUCUAGUGCCGGUUGUGUCAGGAGGCCCCAGUGUACUGUAUGAAGGGGCACGCCCACCUGGGGGUCAUCUUGAGCAACCACAACCGCUGCCCAUGUCUCAGCAAGGUGCAGCAGGAGCAGCAGCAGUGGCAGCAGGAGCAGUGCGGGUGGGACAAAGACAGAGCAGCAGUGGUGGAGGAGGUGGAGGAGGAGGAGGAGGAGGUGGAGGAGGUGGAGGAGGUGGAGGAGGUGGAGGAGGAGGAGCAGGAGGAGCAGGAGGAGGAGGUGGUGGUAGUGGCUCAGGAGGGGCUGGUGCAGGGGGUGAGGACAGCCCCAUGGUGGUGCAGCACAGCCCCCUGGCCAGUCAUUAACCCCUGGGCUGACCUAGCAACCUGCUCAACAGUGUAUUGUAAACAGUGGGCAGCCAGGCUUAGGACAGCUAGGAGUAAGUGAGCCUGGGCCGAGACAGCGCAGGGCGGGUGGGCACAUUGUGGUGCAGGACCGUGUGUGCCUGUGUGAUGUGAGCCUGUAACACCCAGAGUGGAGGCUGGCGGGGAACCACCCAUGUUUCAGCGCCGCCGCCCCCCGGCCCCCCUCUCUCUCCUGCCACUGCUUUUAUCUUGUUAUUUAUUAUUCUGGUGAGGAGGGACUGGCCAAGGGCCGCCCUGCAUCUGGCUGCCGGGCUGCCCGGGGGCCGGGCCGGCUGCGUUGGCUAAUCCAGUCUCAGGAACUCCCUCCCCCCACCGCCACCACCACAUCUAGACUACCACUUCCCUUACCCUCAUCAACACUCCUCAAAUAAUGCCAUCACUACCACACCCAUCAAUAGAUCACCACCAGCAUAUUGCCUGCCACUGAUGCAUUGAUAGUGCAGUAAACCCCUCCUUUUUCCCUUUGUCUGUCUGAUAUGCAUAACGUUCAUAACUCAGUAUUCAGUGAGUGCAUUUUGGAUUAUUGCACUCCAAUAUCCUCCUACUACUUUUCCCAACCUUUUUCUGAUCUUCAGUCUUGCAGAAGCACUUAUCAUGCAGAAAAAACACCUUCAGAGCAACACUGGUUCAGCUGGCUCCUCUCUCACAACAGAAAUAUUACACAUAGUGAGCCAGUUCAAAAGUGUAGACAACAAAAAAAAAAUAAUCAUGAACCGUUUAGCCUUGUUCUACAUUGAAAAAGUCAUUGUUAAGUGAGAUAAACAGGCAUAUUUCAAUAUUACAGCAACACAAACAUUGAUCUCAUAUUUGGCAGCUUAAACAUUUAAAAAUCUUCAGUAAAAAAAUAUUAAAAUUCACUAACCAAUGGUGAUACAGAGCACCCGAAAUCUAAGCAUUUAUCCAGUUUGCUCACAUGUGAACAGGCAACAACCCACAAAAAAGAAACAUUCAGCUUUUCUUACAUGUAAACAGUCAUGCAUAUACAGUUGUUACAAUUUCCUUUCCCUGACAUUCAUCCCUCCCACAAAAGCAUAUGGUGUAACUUUCUUCUACACCUCAUUGAAUGUAUCAUUCGUACAGCAGGAUCCUAUAUAUGCAAGCAGCUGGUGCAUUUACAGCUAAGUUUUGUGCAUCCUGCUGAUGCAUUACAUAAAUCACAUCUCUUAGGACAAUGAGUUCUGUUCAUGUUGAGCCAGUUUCCCCACUAAACCAGCUGCUACAAUUUCCAAACAGGAACUGUCAAACACCCAUAUCCAAGUGUAGUAUCAGUCAUCAGUCAUCCCAUCCCCCUCUCAUUCCAUCCUACACAACAACCCCACCCUGCACAUCCAGCUUCAGGCCAGCUGGACUCUGCUCAGUCUGAUAGCAGCUUGUAGCAUUUGUAGAGUAUAUUCCAAUCUGUACUUCAAAACCAUAAGUAUCAAAAUACAGUCAUAAAUUAUCUCUUUUUUUGUUGGUUCAUGCUGAAUCUUCAAUUUUCAACUGCCCUAAUUCCCUAU